GUACACUCGUCACGAUCAUAUGUUCACAGUUUUGACUAUAUAGCAUGUGUUGUUUUUAUGUGAGAGGCAUAAAGGUUAGACUCGUGUUUGCGUGCUCGGCGAUUUUUUGCUUUUGAAAAUAAUGGAGCAGAGAGUUUGUAUUAAUUUUUGUGUAAAAAAUGAUAUUAAGUGUUCAAAAACUCUUGAAAUGUUGACAGUAGCGUACGGUGAGUCAACUUUGAGCAAAAAAAAUGUUUAUAAAUGGUAUAAGUUAUUCCAAGAGGACCGAGAAAAUGUUAACGAUGAAUCUCGCUCUGGACGCCCCAGCACGUCAAAAACCGACGAAAAUGUUCAGGAAGUGAAAGAAAUUGUGUUGAAAAAUCGUCGAAUCACGAUUAGAGAAAUAGCUGAUGAUCUUAACAUAUCGUUUGGCUCAUGCCAAUCAAUUUUAACGGAUGUUUUGGGUAUGACACGUGUGUCAGCUUUUACACGUCGUUACUAGUGAGUAGUUUUUUGGCCAAAAACAAUAUGUACUAUCAUCA